GCAAAUGCUAAAGUCUUGCGCCGUCAUGCACUGAUCAAACGUUCUGGUGGUAGUGGUAGUGGUAGUGGUAGUGGUAGUGGUAGUGGUGGUCAUGGUGGUGAUGAUAGUGGUCAUGGUGGUGGUCAUGAUGAUAAUGGUGUUUCUGGUGUUGAUGAUCAUGGUGUUGAUCUUUCUGGUACUGAUGAUAAUGGUGUUCAUCCUAAUGGUACUGAUGAUCAUGGUGUUCAUGCUCCUGGUACUGAUGAUAAUGGUGUUCAUGCUCCUGGUACUGAUGAUCAUGGUGUUUCGAAAUGUUCUUUGAUCCAAUAG